GAGCUGUAGCACUGAAGAAUCUGGAAAUAAAAGAAAAUGCACUGAGUCAGCUGGAUGUGCCAUUUAAAGUUAAAGCAGGACAUAUUGGUCAACUUAACCUACAGAUUCCAUGGCAAAACCUUUAUACUCAACCUGUCGAGGCUGUUCUUGAUGGAGUUUAUUUGCUUAUUGUGCCCACAGCCAGCAUAAAAUAUGAUGCUGAAAAAGAAGCCAGGCAGCACUUGGAAGCAAGACAAAGGGAAUUGCAAAGGAUAGAGGAAGCAAAGCAGAAGAUAGCUGACCAAGAUAAAGUAAAAGAAGAGAAGCAAGACACUUUUGUAGAAAAACUAGUUACUCAGGUCAUCAAAAAUCUUCAGAUGAAGAUCUCCAACAUCCAUAUUCGCUAUGAAGAUGAUAUCACAAAUCGGAAUAAUCCCUUGUCGUUUGGGAUUUCACUUCAGAAUCUAAGUUUGCAGACCUCAGAUAAGAAUUGGAAUCCAUGUUUACAUGAUGAAACUGCCAAGUUGUUCUACAAGCUUGUACGACUGGAUAACCUCUUUGCUUACUGGAAUGUGAAAUCAGAGAUGUUCUACCAUGGUAGUCGUGAUGAAUCAUUGGUGAACUUAAAACAGGGAGUUGCCAGCCACAAUGUGAUUCCAGAUGGGUAUGAUUUUGUAUUCCGCCCAAUUUCAGCUAGAGCCAAACUCCUUAUGAAUCCUCGAUCUGAUGUUGACUUUUCAUCACCGAAAAUGGAUUUAGAUGUAAACUUACAGGAUAUAACUGUUGAAUUCAAUAAGCCUCAGUACUUCAGUGUUGUGGAGCUUCUUGAGUCUAUUGAUAUGAUGACUCGAAAUCUGCCGUACAGGAAGUACAGACCUGAUGUUCCAGUGCACAACAAUGCCAAGACAUGGUGGAAAUAUGUUAUUUAUGGCAUCCUUGAAGUAAAUGUUCAACCUAAGCUCCAGAUGUGGUCAUGGGAACAUAUUUGGAACCAUAGGAAGCAAGUGAAGAACUAUAAAGAGUUGUAUAAAACAAAGAUAACAUCAAAAAAACCUAGUGAAGAAAUCUUAAAAGUGUUGGAGGACUUCGAAAAGACCUUGGAUAUUUUUAACAUCACUCUAGCAAGGCAACAAGCAGAAGUUGAGGCAACUAAAGCUGGAUUAAAAAUCUACAGACCAGGAGUAAAACAAGAUGAUGAAAAUUCUGGUGGCUGGUUUAGCUGGAUAUGGAGCUGGUCAGGUGAAAAGAAGGAUGAACAAAAGCAAGAAGUAAAGGGUUCAAGUCUUGAGGAGCUGAUGACAAAUGAAGAGAAGGCUAAGCUUUAUGCAGCAAUUGGAUAUAGUGAAACAGCUGUGGAUCCAACCCUUCCAAAAUCAUAUGAAGCCAUGAAGUUCUCUGUGAAGCUAUUAAGCAUGCAUAUAUCAAUAAGAGAAAACAAGCAAACUCCUGAGCUGGUAGAAUUUGCAUUAACUGGCCUGAGUACAGUAUUUACCCAACGACCAGGUGCACAGGCAAUAAGAUUCGAAACAAAAAUUACCUCCCUUGAGGUUACAGGCAUGUCCCGAGACAAAUGUACACCCUGUCUCCUGUCUUCUCGAACGGUCUACUCGGACAAGAGUACCUCACUUUUAAGCAUAAUGUUUGAGACUAACCCUUUGGAUGAGAAAGCAGAUCAGAGACUUAGAAUAGAAUCCCAGCCACUGGAAAUAGUGUACGAUGCAAUGACAGUAAAUAGCUUGGUGGAUUUCUUCAGGCCUCCUAAAGAUGUGCAUUUAGAGCAAUUGACAUCAGCAACUCUGAUGAAGCUUGAGGAGUUCCGUGAAAGAACGUCAACAGGUUUGCUGUAUGUUAUUGAAACCCAGAAAGUUCUGGACCUCAAAAUUAACCUCAUGGCUUCAUAUAUCAUCGUUCCACAAAAUGGGUUCUAUGACCAUAAGUCAAAUCUACUGGUUCUGGAUCUUGGUAGUCUUAAAAUGACAAGCAAAAGUCGUUCUGAUUUAUCGAAACUCAAAGUGGGACAAAGCACUAUUGAAGAUAUAAUGUCAAGAGCUUAUGACAGUUUUGAUGUCCAGCUCAGCAGUAUACAGUUACUGUACAGCAAACAUGAUGAGAACUGGCAAGAAGCUCGGAAGCUGAAAGACUCAUCUCUAUGUGUCUUGCAGCCCUUGGAUGUAAACGUGGAAUUUAGCAGGGCUAUGGUUGUUACAGAUGCAAGAAUGCCCAAGUUCAAACUGUCUGGACAGCUGCCUUUACUUUCUAUCCAAAUAUCAGACCAGAAGCUGAAAAGUAUCUUGGAACUCAUUGAUAGCAUUCCGAAGCCAGAAAGUGCUCCUGCUACCAGUUCUCCUCCAAAAAUAGCUGAGGCUGCAAUAUCCCCUGUGCUUUCAGCACCACAUUUAUCACAAGGGGUGCUUCCUGUUUUGGAUCUUCAUUCAUUUGCUGAGUCAGAAUCAGAAGAAGAAUUUUAUGAUGCACUGAGCAGUCCUGUGGAAGAUGUGCCAUUUUUUGAAGCCCCAUCUGGUGCCCUAAAGCGAGCUUGCAGUACAAGGCGAAAAAAACUACGUAAACAAGAAUCUUUGAAAAAUAUGACAGAAUUCCAGCUAAGGUUUGAAGUAGCUGAGGUCUUAAUUAAAUUAUGCCGUCUUACUGGUAAUACUGAGACACCUGUGCUGCAGCUGGAUAUUGUAGGCUUGGGCACUGAACUUAAAUUAAGAACAUUUGACAUGACUGCAAAUGCUUUCCUUCGUGAAGUUUGUCUGCUGUGUCCAGAGUACAUGGAUGACAAUAACAAGCCAGUUUACAUAAUUACUACAUUGGAUAAUGUAGAAGAUGAUCUUCUCACUCUGGAGUACAUAAAGGCUGAUAUUAAUGGACCAGAACUGAAAACUGUUUAUCAGAAUGUUCUACAGAAAAUAAAGGUGAACUUUUCAUCUCUAGAUGUUCAUUUGCAUACUGAAGCUCUGCUGAAUUCAAUGAACUAUCUUAAUAAUCUUCUACCCAAACAAGAAACUAAAGUUGCAGAAGAGCCAGUCCAUGAAAAAACAGAGGAGAAGAAGGAUGUUCUUAAGAAAUUAACAUCAAAAAAAUCAAAGUAUGAAGAUGUUAUCGACCUCAAUAUCUGUGCGGAUUUAUCAUGUUUGCGUAUCUUUAUGAGAGAGAAAAAACACAGAAUAGCUGAAAUUCACAUUGAAGGUCUGGAUAGCCAAGUGACCAUGAAGAAAGCAGCAAAUGAAGUGACUGCAAAAUUGAAGAAUAUCAUCAUUGUGGAUUCUGAUGAGGCAGCAUUAUAUAAAAAGGCUCUUUACAUCACAGGAAAAGAAGUCUUCAACUUCAGAAUGGUAUCUUACGUGAAUGCUACAGAUGGUGUUGCAUACACAAACAUGGAAGUUGUUGACAAUCGUAUUUACUUAACUGUUGGGUGUAUUCAAGUAGUUUUUGUCAACAAGUUUGUUUCAUCUGUUUUGGCUUUCAUCAAUAACUUCCAAGCUGCCAAGGAAGCUCUUACUGAGGCGACCGUUCAAGCAGCAGAGAAAGCAGCUACAGGUGUGAAGGAGCUAGCGGAACGCAGUUCCCGUUUGGCACUAGAUAUCAAUAUUAAAGCUCCUGUUGUGAUAGUUCCACAGUCAGCAAUGUCUGCGAACGUCCUGGUGGCUGAUCUUGGUCUAAUCACUGUGAAGAACAAAUUCUUUAUUGCUAAAACAAAAACACGGUAUAAUCUCCCACCUGUCGUUGACUCUAUGACGGUGAAAUUGAGCGAACUAAAGUUGUACAGGUCAUGCUAUGAACAGGGCUCAUUGCAAACUGAAAUACAGUUGCUGCAGCCAGUCAAUCUGGAAGUAGCUGUGGAACGAAAUUUAGCUGCUGCAUGGUAUAGUGAAGUUCCUGAUAUUGAAAUAUCUGGCAGGCUCAAGCCUAUGAAUCUUAUUCUCAGUCAGGAGGAUAUUACCACAAUACUGAGGACACUAAAUGAAAAUACAGGUGGACACUCUGGUGCAUCACCAUCUUUACCAGAACCGAAAGAUUCGACUAGUCAUUGUAGUGAUAUGCAUAGCACUUCACAGCACUCUGCAGGUGUAACUGUUGUGACAUCAGCAGUGGUGGAAAUGCAUUCACCUAUGAAAAUCAAAACAACCCUAAAACUGGACUUCAGAUUUGACUCUCUGACUUUAGUGCUGUAUAGUCCAAAUUCAAAACAGGUUAACAGUUUGGAUCAGAGAGAUGACCUUUUGAAGCUUGCAGAGUUUAAAUUGGUUCUGAUGUCAGCUGCUGUGAAAAUGUUAUCAGAUGGCUCAAUGAAUGCUUCAGUCAAGCUGGCAAACUGUACAUUGGAUGAUAAAAGACAGUCAGUCCAGAAGGCCACACCAAGAAUGGUGGAAAUGAAACAUGGAUUUGAAAAGAAAGUUAUGGUGGAUAUAAGCUACAAACAGGGUAGAGAUGGCACUAUACUUGAUGUGAUCGUUCAAGAGAUAUAUCUUUGUGCAAGCAUGGAGUUUCUAACUACUGUUGCAGAUAUUUUCCUAAAGGCUAAUGCAGAAAGUGCUGCUGCACAGAGAAAUCUCAGGCAGUCAUUGCCUUUAAAGGAUCAAGCAUCUGUGCAACCUGUAUCUACAAUGGAAAUGAACAUCGUUGUUAAAAAUCCAGAGAUUGUCUUUGUGGCUGAUUUAACCAGAAGUGAUGCUCCUGCGUUGGUGGCUACAGCACAGUGUGAGGUCUUCAUUAAAAAAAGCCCUGAAAGGUACAACAUGACAGCUGCUGUUAAAGAGAUACAAAUCAAAGCAUGCCCAUUUCUUCCAGAACAAAGGAAAGGGAGCAUUACCACGGUGAGUUUGCAAACAUCCAGUGUGUAUUUAAAAGGCUCUGUGUAA